AUGGAACCGUGGACCGCGUCCGAUGUUACGAACCUUGCCGGGAUCUACACGAUCCUCUUCUGCAUGGUUGGCGUCUGCUACGUCAUGUGCGAUCCAAUUGGUGGCUUCAAGCAGCCGCCAAAGCGGACGGCCGAGGAUGAACUUGCGUCCUCCACACAAGCGCAGGAACGGGCCAAAGUAAAUGCCCAGGCAGCCCAGUAG